CGCGUCUAUCUUUAGCCUCGCACGGACGACGGUCGCCCACUCUUCGUUCGUCCAUUCGUUUGCCAAUGGACUCGACGAUCGCCAUGGUGCUCGUGAGCUUUAGCCAGGGGCGCACUCCUGACGACAGCAGUGAAGCGCCGUCAAGGGGCAACCGAGCGGCGUCGCUUGCGCAGAUCCGGCGCAACCUCAUGACGCGCCGCCACAAGCUCUCGACGGCGCAGCUCCAUCGCAGCGAGCUCAUUGCGCAGUUUGAAGCCGCGCCGCCUCGAAAGGGACCGCGCGAGAAGCGCUCGGUCGUGUACGCCAGCCAGGACGACACGCUGGCGACACCGGCCGACGCCGCCACCGGCCGUCUCUGCCGCUACUCAACGGGCAAGUGCCGGCACGUGCGCGCGCAAAAAGCCGACGGCACGUACUUGAACCUGUGCCACAUGCACCGUAUUCGAGCCAACGCCAACCAACGCAAGCUCGACCGCAAGAAGAGCCUUCGGCUACGCCAGUGCAACCAAGCCAACGGCCUUGUCCACACAUGGCGAGCACCACACGCAAGCACCCAGUCGGCGUGACCGACAAUCUUGUUUUGUAUAUUCCAUUCGUAAUAUUCACGAUUUGCGUCCCAA